AUGUUACUCGGAAGUUUCAGUGGGGAUAUUGUACCUGAUCCUGUUACUGCUUUCUCUGGCUAUAUGCUGAUACACCUCUAUAGUGACAACAACCAUGUCCUGGAUGGAUUCAAUGCUACUUAUCUCUAUCUGUAUAAUAUGGGAUGCCACAUUUGGGUUAAUCGAGAAGCUGUUGAAAAUAUUCGUGGAGAUUCUCGAGGGUCCAUUAUGCCAAAAGGUGGACGGUUUGGUCACUCUGCUGCCGUUGCACAUGGUAAUAUCUUACUUAUUGCCGGAGGAUAUGCGGGUCAUGUCCUUGGAGAUCUUAUAGCUUAUAAAGUCCCGAAAAUGAUAGCCACAGCUGUGCCAGAACCAGAGGUUGAUCGUUGUGAUGAUGUUCGUAUUGAAGAAUGUGAGAUAAACCCAGAAUGUCUUAUGUGUACUCGCAAGGACAAGAAACGAAAAGGUUGCGUGCACUACAAUAAACGAAAAGGUGAGAAAAAAAAUGUUCUGUUAACCAGUCAUCAAUGUGGAAGUAUAUGUGAGCUGCUGCGAUCCUGUGGUGAGUGCUUAAUCCAGGGACAAGGCCCCACCCUAACAAAUUCCUCACUCUUAAAUGUGGUUCACAAUGAAGAAUGUCUGUGGUGUGUAAAAGAAGACCAAUGUCAAACUCGAAGCGAUCCUCAAAAUACCUGCCUCAUAGUUAACGGAACUAAAUCUGGCUUAAUUGGCUGGUGGGCAGGUCUCAGUGCAUCCCUUACGAACGUUAGCCAGUGCCGUGAAGAAGACAGACCGGCAGGACUACACUGGCUGAAGUACCAGAACCCCAUGAACAUAACAUAUCCAGAUCAGGCUGAAAUAAUUCGACAAACAGUAAGUCGUCUGGAGUUUGAAUCAACUCUGGCCAAGGAAGUAGACCAACAGGGCUUUUAUACUGCCCAUUAUACUGGUUUUAUUUACCCCCUCCAGUUUCCUCCACCACAUGGAAAUAAAUCAUUAGUCCUCACAGUUGGGACUGCCACUGCAGAAAUCACAUUAUAUCUUAGCAAAGAUGAAAAAAAAGAAAAUAAGGAAAGAGUUACAGGCAGCGGCCACAAGUACGAGAAAUCCAUGGCCUACGAAGCCAGGAGAUAUGGUGACGCAAUGCUGUUCCGGAAUACAAGUCGGGGAGCCAAGUACUAUGUCGAUCUUGAGGCUCACCUCAACAUCACAACAUCCCAGAACAGUGUCACAGAACUUAAAUCGAGUGUUGACAUCACAUGGAAUAAUGUCCCCCAGAAGAAAAACUCCCUCAAAAAUGAAGUGAAUGAACAGGCUCUGACUUAUGAAUUUCUGGAGCCAUAUCAUGAGAGCAAAUGUAAACAGAAUUACAAUUGUCUUGGUUGCCUGUCGGACAAUGCAUGUGGCUGGUGCGUUGAGACGAGAACCUGUAUCCUCAGGGACAGAAAUGCUACAGAAGAGGAGAGUGUGCUUGAGGGAAGCUUGCAAAAAGUCGUCACCCCCACUGUAGAUAAAUGCAGUGGGGAUAUGAAAUCACAUUUAUUGAUAACAAAUAUGGCUGAAUGUCCAGUGUGUACAGAUUAUGUCAGCUGUGUGGAAUGUGCUAAUGACAAUCUCUGUGAAUGGGUAACUGAUGAUGCACACUGUAUUCGGCGUGGCCGUGUGGAAGAAGCUUAUAAGUUUUUAUUUUUAUGCAUCAAUAUUCUCUCUUUCACAACUGGUCUGUUUGUAUCUGUCUCUCUCCUUCUUUCAGACUGUUUGUAUCUGUCUCUCUCCUUCUUUCAGACUGUUUGUAUCUGUCUCUCUCCUUCUUUCAGACUGUUUGUAUCUGUCUCUCUCCUUCUUUCAGACUGUUUGUAUCUGUCUCUCUCCUUCUUUCAGACUGUUUGUAUCUGUCUCUCUCCUUCUUUCAGACUGUUUGUAUCUGUCUCUCUCCUUCUUUCAGACUGUUUGUAUCUGUCUCUCUCCCAGUCGGCCCGUUUGUCUCUCUCCCAGUCGGCCUGUUUGUCUCUCUCUCUCUCUCUACCGGUUUGUAUCUGUCUCUCUCUCUUUCUCUGCUUGUUUGUAUCUGUAAUUCUCCUUGUCUCGGCCUGUUUGUGUAUCUGUCUCUCACUCUCUCUUGGCUUGUUUUUAUAUAUCUCUCUCUCGGCCUGUUUGUAUGUGUCUUUCUGUUUCACUCUCUCUGCCUCUUUUUAUCUGUCUCUUUCUAUCUCUCUCUCGACCUGUUUGUAUCUGUCUCUUUCUCUCUCAGCCCGUUUGUAUCUCUCUCUCAUGCUCAACCUUUUUGUAUCCAUUUCUCUCUCUCAGCCUGUUUGUAUCUGUCUCUCUCUCUCUCUCUCAACCUGUUUGUAUCUGUCUAUUUCUCUUCUCUCAGCUUGUUUGUAUAUGUCUCGCUCUUCUCUUAGCCUGUUUAUGUCUCUCUCUUUCUGUUUGUAUCUUUCUCUCUCCUUCUCUUGCCCUGUUUGUAUCUCUCUCUUUUUCUCGACCGGUUCAUGCCUGUCUAUCUCUCUCUCGACCUGUUUUAAACUUCAAAACAUUCAAUGUCACAAUUGCUCGAGGCAUUUCAACUACUCAACCUGCUUGGAUAAUUUUGGGUGUGGCUGGUGCUACAAUGAACAUAACCCUACUAUCGGGGUUUGUCUUGAUGGUGAUUUUGUUGGUCCAGCAUAUCAGAUGACCUGUGCAGCAGUGGUAAGAGAACGUCACAAUAUUUCUAUUGAAGAACCUGCUCACUGGGCAUACGGAGUCGCUCCAGAUGUUGACGAGUGUGCCCUGUCCCUUCAUAAGUGUCAUCCAAAUGCCACCUGCUACAAUACAUUUAACUCCUACAUAUGCGAAUGCAAUCGAGGAUUCAUUGGAAUUAAUGGGACAAAGCAGUGUGAAAAAACGUGUUACUAUGAUUGUGUUAAUGGUAAAUGUUCCGGUGCCCCAGACUACGAAUGCCGAUGUCAUAUAGGUUGGACAGGAGAUGAGUGUAAUACAAGUUGUGGGUGUAAUGGCCACAGUGCCUGCCCAAAUGGAAUUGGAGUGUGUGAAGAAUGUUUGCAUAACACCAUGGGCCAGUUUUGUGAGAUGUGUCGACCUGGCAGUUAUGGAGAUCCAACCAGUGGGGAAGUCUGCAAGUUGUGCAAAUGCAAUGGACAUGGAGAUCUUGCUUUAGAUGAAUGUCAUAAUCAGAGUGGGAAGUGUUUCUGUAAGGAUGAUACGAAAGGCUUCCACUGUCAGCACUGUUUGGAGGAUUACUAUGGAAAUCCAAAGAAUGGUGGCAGGUGUUAUCGACGUUGUGGUGCUGCGACUGUCCUUACCAAUGUGACUUCAGGAGCGCUUGGUUCUUUUGAAACAACUCCUGAACUGAACCACUCUCACCAGAUCUACUGUUUGUGGAUCAUAACACCAUUUCAAGAUGUUCAGACACCAUAUGAACUGGCCAGAGAGAAAAAAACAUUACCAAGUAUCUCAUUCACUUUUGAACCAGAUAUUUCUGUUAAUUGCUCAACGGAUGAUUUUAUUUAUGUCUAUGACGGAAUUCCAGACUUUGUCAACGGUAGUUCAAAAAAUUAUGGACUGUUACUUGGUGCUUUUUGUGGGAACCACAGUGGGCCCCUUGGAGUUGAGGCCACAAUGGGAGUUUUGACUGUGUAUUUUGUCACCUAUGAAAAAGAUGAUCCCAUUCGUCAAGGUUUUAAUGCUGUUUAUUCAAUAAAUUGGUGCCCUGCCCACUGUACAGGCAACCGUACGUGUGAUGGCGACCGUUGUGUAUGUAAAGAUGGUUACUUGGGACCUAACUGUGACAUGCAUCUCUGCCCACUUAACUGCUCCAAAAGCAAAGGGAACCCCAAAUGUAAUGAUUGCGUGUGCCCAGAUGGUCACAGAUGUCAUGAUGAUGAAUCACUGUUUGCGGAGUACCUGUUCAACCCCGAGACCCGUCUAGAAGUCUCUUAUCCACCUCAUCUUGCCCGUAUGGGCCACAGUCUCAUCAGUUGUGGUGACGACGUGCUAUAUCUCUAUGGUGGCCGUUCUCUCAAGUAUGGUCUCGUCCGUGAGAUGUGGAUGUUUAAUCUUACAAGUUCGGAAUGGUCAAAAGUAAUUGCUAGUACCGAUGAAGAACCAUCUGGAAGAUACCACCAUGCCGCUGUCUGUGUGCCAAUUUUAAAAACAAUAUUUGUCUAUGGUGGAAUUGUUCAAAUCGGGAGGAAUCCAGAUAAAUACCAAGCUACCAAUGAAUUCUGGAAAUUUGCGAUUGAAUCUAGAAAAUGGACUAAAGAAAAGAGUGAUUGGUGGCUUCCUACUGUUGCCGGCCAUACUCUUACAUAUGUACAGGACAUUAAGCUGGUUGUUAUUGGGGGAUUUUCCACAGAAAAGUAUUUCUUGGAUAAAGUUCUGAUUUAUGACUCUGCUGAAACAUCCUGGGAAAUGUAUCAUCGGAAAAACUUGAGCGGCAUCAUUCCUCUUGGUAUUUAUGGUCACAGUGCAGUCUAUCAUCGAGCAGUGGCUACAAUUUAUAUAUUUGGGGGCAUGUUAUUUACUAAGUACUACAAGUUUGCCCCUUCCAAAGAACUCUACACUUUUGACCCUGACAAUCUACAGUGGAACAUACUUCAGGCAUCAGAUAAUAGCAUGCUUGAACCUCGAAUGUUUCAUGUUGCUGUUAACACGGUCGACUACAUGCUUUUGAUUGGAGGGUGGACUGUUGAUAGGAAAGCUACAAACUAUAUUCUCCUCUAUCGAUUCAAGUGUAACACCUGGCAGAACAUCACUUUCAAAGACAGCCAGAUCAAUUUGUAUCUAAGAUCAUACUUCGGGGCUGCUGCUGCUACUGUCAAUAAACAUUUUUACAUCAUGGGAGGCUUUAGUGGAGUAGAAAGUGCCAAGUUAAUAAAGAUUGGUAUUCCAGACGACACCUGCAAGCUUAUUGACGAUUAUGAGAUGUGCAAACGAACUGUGGAGUGUUCAGCAUGCAAAGUCAAGAUCAGUGAUGUUGCUCUUACUUUUUGUAUUUUGCCCAAUAAUAUGUUUCCGGAAAUUUGUGUCAGUGGAAAUAUCAGUAAAGGCAGGGUGUGUGACAAAGAGUGGUUUUUGGAAAGAGAUUGCAACCAGUAUCAUACAUGUGACCAAUGUCUGGCUAUCUAUCCAGAAUUUAAAAACACACCAAAGUUAUGCAAAUGGUGUAAGCACUGCAAAGUUGGAAAAUGUAUUCGAUACAACCAAAAAUGUGGAGAAGAAAAUCCUUGCAAUCGUACCCAGGAGGAGUUCCGGGACAUGACCAAAUGUGAUGGGAUCAUUUGCAAUGCUGUCAACUGCCACUCGUGUCAUGACUCUAAGAAAUGUAUGUGGACUCGUCAGGUUAUUCGUACAGGCGAAAUGACUCGGAUUCUCAGUGGAAAUCCACAAUACUCUUGGAGUUCGUCAUUAAAGGAAUCCAAAGAGGUGACCAUUCUGAUAGAGAGUACAAUUCCAGGCAGUGCCCCACUCAGUGCUACCGAAACCAAACCUGUGAGAAGUGUGUGUCGUCCCAUGGGGCAGAAGGUGGAUCCCAGCACUGUGUCUGGAGUGAAAAACUCAAAGAGUGUAUCCCCCCAGCUUAUAUCCCCCUGCAUUGUUCUGCAGGGGAAUGUGGGUCAUUGUUUCGAGAAUAUAAUCAUUGCCCUCUGUGGAUGGUGUUCUUUCGGGGCUCAACUAGAUGGACGAGGUCUUUGCAUGCCUGGUGGCUUGUCUGGGACCAGUAAUGGCCUCUGUUCAGAAACCAACAUCACCUAUGGCUCAACACAUCUCUCAGAAAAAAUCCAAGACCAAUAUCCCAAUCAGGCCUUGAAAAUUUCCUGGGUGUUUGUGAAAUGCCCCCCCGAAGAUGAAUGUAAAAACUCACACCAUACAUGCGACUCCACAACAGAACAAUGCGUUGACACCCCUGAAUCGUUCAAAUGCAUCUGUAAGCCAGGCUACAGAAAACGAGGCCAUAUAUGUGAACCAGUCUGCAAUCAGGGCUGUGUUCAUGGUAAAUGCACAAGCCCUGACCAAUGCAAAUGCAUGUUUGGCUGGGUAGGCAAUAACUGCUCUGUGCAAUGUGAUUGCAAUAAUCACAGUGAAUGCAAAAGUGAAAAACAUACUAAAAUGUGCACAGAAUGCCUGCAUAAUACACAGGGCCCCCAGUGCCAAGAAUGCAGUCCUUUAUUUGUUGGAGAUCCACGGAAUGGAGGCCACUGCCAAUCUUGCUUUGAAUAUUGCAACAAUCAUACCAAGAUCUGCAUUAACACCAAAGAGAGUGGACCACAAUCAAUGAAAGAGCCUUAUGAAAGUUUUAUGGGCCGUGGUCCCAAAACAACUGAAGCAGUGUGCAAGAAAUGUGAAAACAAUACUGAAGGACCUCGAUGUGAACGAUGCAAAAUGGGCUACUUCCGUUUGAGUGAAGACAAACCAUACAAUGCUUGCCGACCAUGUAUGUGUAACGGACAUGCUUUUGACUGUAAGGAGACUACAGGUAUGCAAUGUAAUUGUAAGAACAAUACUGAGACAAAAUGUGACAAGGAUGAAGAAAAUUGUUACAAAAAUCAGUGCUCUUCAUGUAAAGAUUCGUUUUUAGGCGAAUCAACAGAUGGGCAUCAAUGUUACAGCCGUAUGGAAGUAGAUGUGGAUUACUGCUUUAAUCCUGAACACCACAUUGACUGCGGAGUAAGCGCCGAUCCAUUGCUCCAAGGUCGGACGGUCUUCUAUGCUGUACAGCCCAAAUACCUCAAUGUCAACAUUCGUAUCACUAUCGAUAUAACGCAAGGAGGUGUUGACGUCUACUUUUCACCCAAUGACAAAACAUUUGUAGUCGACCUGAAUCGUGAAACCUGGUUCCAUGAGGUUAAGCUUGAUAAGAACUUCAAGGCCCAUGGUAAUCAUGGUCAAUAUACACAAUACCAGUUCAACAAUGUCUAUUACUACCUUCGGAAAGAAGUCGCAAGCGAUACCAACAAAUUCAUCACUUUAGAACAGGUAAACACCACACUGAACGUGUCUGACGUGCGCUUUCGUUUGGUCAUCACCCUCCCCCUUGACGUACACAAUCUAGAGAAGUCCCAGUUUUAUAUGAUCAUCUACGGUCGAGGUGAUGCCUACAGUAACCAGACGUACGGGAAGCUGUUCUUUCGACAGGACCAGCCUCAUAUCGAUCUGUUUGUAUUUUUCAGUGUCUUUUUUUCCUGCUUCUUUCUUUUCCUUGCCUUUUGCGUUCUCAUCUGGAAAAUAAAACAAACCGUAGACACACAACGCAGCCGACAGCAGCGUGCUAGGGAAAUGCAACAUAUGGCGUCCAGACCCUUUGCUGGGGUACUCGUUCUUGUAGAUCAUGAAGCAGCCAUGUCUAACCCCACCCCUCGAAAGAUUCGGGUUAACAAACCAACGGCACGAAGCCCACAAUUACCUGAAGUAAAUAUGAUCCACCCAUAUGUGCGGGACGAACAUUUCAGCAUCCUGCCAAUUGCAAUAGAACCGACUGAAAAUGGUAUUGCUUCUGUAGCAACAGUGGUAUUUCAACUGCCUGGUGGGGGUAGCACUACGUCCAAACUCUGUCUCGGGUCGGCCCUUACCUUGCGUCAGGGGUGUGGGGCACCGAGGAUGGCCAUGCGCCGCCGUCCAAGUUCCUCUAUGGCUUGA